AUGGAUCAGGCUGUUGCUCGGAGAACGCUGCAAGAGCUCAUCAAGCGAGAAGAUCUUGACAAUAAGAAGUGCAUAGAUUGCGCCAACCCUAAUCCCCAAUGGGCCUCCUUGAGCUUUGCCGUUUUUCUGUGUCUACAAUGUGCCGGCGUUCACAGAGGCUUUGGGGUCCAUGUUAGUUUCGUGCGAUCAGUCUCAAUGGAUACCUGGCAAGAAGAGCAGGUGAAGAGAAUGCAGAUAGGCGGCAACGCCCCCUUCCGCGAAUUCAUGAGAUCAUACAACCCUCAAACAAGCGGUUGGAAGGAAGGAAUCAGCCCCUACGACACCUAUCACAGCUGGGCUGCUUCACAAUACAAAGAGAAGCUCGACGCUGCAUUAGCAGGUCGAGACUUCUCCCCAUCGGCCCCACCAGAAGGUUUUGGUUCACCCAGCAGUCCUACCAGCCCGCCCAACCGGCCAUCGUCUGCCCAAGGGCUCCGCAAGGCGCGCGCAUCCGCGCGUUCGAGCACGGGACGAUCGCUUCGCAGCGACUCGGCGUCCCCGGCCUCGUUCUCGAACUCGCCCUUGCCCAGCCCUAGUCCCGGGGGCGCGAGCACGCCCGGCUCGUAUGCGGACCAGAAAGGACAGAACGAGGCGUUCUUCGCGACGCUGGGCCAGGCGAACGCAUCCCGACCGGCGGAUCUGCCGCCUUCUCAGGGAGGGCGGUACCAAGGAUUCGGGAACACACCCACGCCCCCGCCUGGCUCCUCCUCGCAUCCGUCGUUCGCACUCUCGUCUGCGAACGCGCCGUCGCUUACGGACCUGCAGGAGAACCCCGUCGCGGCGCUGAGUAAGGGCUGGUCGUUGUUGUCAGCGGCCGUCGCGGGCGCCUCACGGGCGGUCGCGGAGAACGUCAUUCAGCCGGGCGUGGAAAAGGUUCUGGACCCGACGUUCCAGGCGACCGUGAAAGGGUACGCGGCCGAGGCUGGAAAGCGUGCCGGUGAGGUGGGUCGGACUGCGAACCUGUGGACAAAGACGACAUUAGGUGUGGACGUGGCAGACUCGGUGCAUGGCGUGGUGGGUACCGCGAGGGACCGCCUGGGAGGCGGGCCUCAGAGUCGGGGAUAUGGGGCGCUGGGUAUGGACCACGAGGAGGAGAGCUCGGCCCUAUAUCAUGAUGACGAGGAUGAGUUCUUCGACUCGUUCGACAACACUUCGGCUCAACAAGGCCCAGCGAUACCCUCGAAGUCAAACGGUGCACAGGCUUCGACGACCAUACACCGCACUGCUGCUAAGAAGACCGACGACUGGGACGAUUGGAAGGACUUCUGA